AUGUCUAUGAUCGAGGCGUUAAGGGUGAGGGUGGAGGACUUUAGCCACAGGAACUCUCGGUACAGCUUCAUCAGCAACUCUGGCUCCAAGUCCAAGCCCGUCCUUGCGCAGCAACAACCGGCGCCUCCCAAUUCUGUCGGAUACGACACGGGAAGGCACCACAUCUUAGGGGAUCUCACCCAGCUUAUCACCAACAAGGACGAUGCUGACCUUCAAGUGAUUUCGGUGUGGGGGGCAGACGGAGGUAUUGGGACGACAUCCAUCAUCAGAAGCUGCUACAGUGAUCCAGAGAUCAUUCAAAGUUUCAUAUGCCGAGCCUGGGUCAACCUCACUCACCCAUUCAAUCCCCGUGAGUUUGUCCGGUCCUUGAUGGCUCACUUCUAUGCAAACAGUUGCCAAGAACGAAAAGGAGCAAUCGUUGGUGUUGAUGUCCUAACUAGUAUGGAUGCGAGUGCCGAUCUCCUCAGUGAGUUCGUUCAGAUAGUUGACAAGAACAGGUACCUCGUUGUCUUGGAAGACCUGCCCACCAUGGCAGAGUGGGAUUCAAUCCGGACGUUCCUUCCCAACAGAAAGAAUGGCAGCUGGAUCGUCGUGUCCUCACAGAAAUACGAAGUUGCAAGUUUAUGCGUGGGACAUCCGUAUCAAGUAUUGGACCUGAAGCAGUUGCGGGGUGAACACUAUAUUUGUGCUUUCUUGAGAGAGGGUUUUGAAGACGCUGGAGAUAAAAGCGAGGCCAACAAUGAUAGCACAUCGACACGAAGCAAUGAGAUAUCAACAGAGUAUGACUUGAGCCAUAACCAGAGGAAUGUCUAUUCCUCUUACCACAGGAUCGUCCCCAACUGUAAAAUGAAAGCAGCCAGGGACUGGAUGCAGAAUUCUUCCCUUGUUGGACGCCGAUUGCAGAUGGAUCAACUUCGUCACUGUACAGUUCAGGCACAAAUGAACCAUUCUCAAGUUAUGUCUGUUUGGGGGAUACCUGGCGUGGGGAAAUCAGCUCUUGUCAGGAACUUGUACUGCGACAGGAUACUAGAGAACCAGCAAUUUCAAGAAUACGGUUGGGUGGGUUUAUCACACUCCCGACCCUUCAAUUUAAGGGACUUCUCACGGAGCUUGCUUAUGAAUUUUCAUUCAGAGUCUCUUCAAGCCAAGGAAACUGCACCCUCUAAUAAAGUGGGGAUCAAAGGCGCCAUUGGAAAGUGUCGUGAGGUUCUAAGUACACGUCGGUGCCUUGUUGUUAUCGAUGGUCUUCAGUUCAUACAGGACUGGGAUUCGAUACAAUCUUCGUUGGUAUCUAGACACUCUGAAUCUAGAACUGUCAUCAUUGUGAUAACAACUAAAGCAAGCAUUGCAACAUACUGCGCAGAUAAGGAAGAACUUGCGUUUAAUGUCAAAACUCUAGAAGCUGAUGCAGCCUUUGAUCUCUUCGAAAAUGAGGUAGUAUCUAAGAAGACUCUAUUGUCCGCUUCACCAUCUUAUCGCGAAAAUGCGGUGCUGCGAGAACUUAUUUCAAAGUGCGGGGGCCUUCCCUCAAUAAUAGUGGCUAUGGCUGGCAUAUUGGCUACCAAGGCAGCGUGGAUGGACGCUGCAGGUUCCAUCAAUCUGAGGUUUAUAAAUGAGGUAGAGAUGAACCCGGAGUUUCACAGCCUAUGGGAUCUAUUUAGUUGGAUGAAUUCCUGCUUCCGCACUUGUCCGGAUUCCAUCAAGCCAUGCAUCUUCUACCUAUCAUUUUUUCCUAGAGACCACAACAUUCGGCGAAGGCGUCUAGUAAGGCGUUGGGUCGCUGAGGGCUACUCCAGGGACAGUGAUGAUAAAUCUGCAGAGGAGAAUGGGGAGGAGUUCUUCUCCAAGCUCCUCAAUCUGAGCAUAAUCCAACCGGAGUCAUCAGCCUUCAGUGACGCAAGGGUGGUCUUAUGCCGAGUCAAUGGAUUUUUGCGUGAGUGCAUCCUGUCACGGGCAAUGGAGGAAAACCUUGUAUUUGAACUGACCGACACUAGCAGCCCAACCACCAAAAGCAGUGGACGUCAUCUUGUCAUAUCUGAAAACUGGGACAGAAAUAUGACUGUGUUCCAGAGGAUCGACUUCUCACGGCUACGGUCAAUGACAGUGGUUGGAAUGUGGAAAUCAUUCUUCAUCUCCAAAAGUAUGAAGCUUCUCCGGGUGUUGGAUCUGGAGGAUUCAUUAGGUUUAACAGAUGCAGAUGUUGAGCAGAUGGUAAAGCGGCUGUGUUGCCUCAAGUUCCUGUCGCUAAGAGGAUGCCGUGGGAUCUUCCAUCUACCUAGCUCAAUUGGUGAUCUGAGGCAGCUUCAGACUUUGGACGUGAUGGACACCUCCAUAGUCACUCUGCCAGCAACUAUCACCAAACUACAGAUGCUGCAGUAUAUCCGUGGGGGCACGCCUAGUAUCUCAUCAGAGGAUCCAUCAGUGCCAAAUGCUUCUUCAUCCUGGCUGUCCAAGUUCCGCCAUCUCAGUCAUCUUGUUGGUGUUCGGGUGCCCAUUGGGAUCAGGGAACUGAGGUUCUUCAGCGGGGAGGCCAUACUGAAAGCGCUAAAGAAGCUCACCCAAUUGCGCAAGCUGGGAGUGUUCGGCGUCAACAGGAAUAACAGUAUGGCGUUUUCCUCUGCAAUAUCGGGUCAUGUCCAUUUGGAAUCCUUGUCAGUGUGGUUCGACAAAGAAAGUCAAUGUUGUUUGGAUGACACAUUCCUGCCUUUAAAGAACCUACAGAGCCUCAAACUGUACGGGCUUGUAGACAAAUUGCAAGUUUUACAGAUCGACCAGCUUAGCAAGCUCGCAAAGUUGGAUCUAGAGAUAACCACAUUAAGGGAAUGGGACAUAAGGUUUCUUGGCGAGCUACCAAAACUAUGCAUUCUGCGCCUUUGUGUCAAUCAGCCUGAAGAUGUUCGGCUCCAUUUUUGUGUUUUUAUAGAUGGAGUUGAGCAGCGCUCUUAUCAGAAGCUCAAGGUCCUUGAGAUUGCUUGCAUGUCCAGCUUACAUGUGACUUUUGGAUCAGAAACAAUGAAAAACCUUGAUCUGCUGAAAUUUGACUGCUGCAGUGGGUCGUCACAUCAGCUUUCUGGCCUGGUUCAUCUAUCUGAACUCAAGGAAGUCUGGCUGAAGGGCUCCUACGAGGAAACACUGAAGCAUGACGUGCAGGACCAGCUUGCAGACCAUCCAGGGAAACCUGUGCUGAAGCUGGAGGAAGAAGCACCACGUCAGUAG